AUGUUACUUGCCUGCAGAUGCCUCUACAACGUGGUGGACAUUCUGCCACCAACGGCUCGCAUCAUCGUGGGUCACGGCGGCCUCUCGGUGCUUUGUGCCAAUCUGCUGAACAUCGAGUACAUCGAUGUGGCCGAGCUUACGGUCUCCACCAUUGAGCUCAUUUCGGAGGAUCAGCCAGUGCAAGUCUUAAAAGCUGGUGGUCUUCAAGCGAUUCUCACCUUCCUGGACUUCUUCCAGAUCUCAGUGCAGCGCCAAGCUGCCAAUGCGGCAGCAUUGAUGCUCCAAGCAGUGACACCGCCUGACGUGUUCGAGCAGCAUGUGAAGCCGGUGUUGCCAACCUUGGCGCAACUGUUGCAGCACUCUGAUCCGCAGGUAUUGCACUCCAUUUGUGAAUGCUGGCGAAGAGUCAUCGAUGGCUGCAUUGCUGCUCAUGAACGCCCAAAGGAAGAGCCGAGCAAUUUAGGCUCCCUGGUCUCACGUUUUGCUGCCGAAGCUAGUCUUCGUGUGAAGCUGAGAUUUUCGUUUUGGUCGAUUUAG